GGCUCCCCAACAUCAAGACAGCCAGCGCCAGCGUCGACAUCAUGUCGCCCGUCAACCAGAACGGCUGCUUCGAGUUCGACCGCAUCAUCAAGGCCGGCACCGUGGUGAAGCGCACCCGCAAGACAAAGUCAUGGAAGCACGUCUACCUCGUCCUGCGCCCGCACUACCUCUCCAUCUACAAGGACAAGGACGAGACCAAGCUGCGCCACCAGAUCAACCUGUCCGAGAUCACGGCCGUCGCGCGCCAGCGAGACUCGAAGAAGAAGAUGGACCACGUCUUUGGCAUCUUUUCGCCCGCCCGCAACUACCACCUGGGCGCAUCCACGGACAAGGACGCCCAGGAAUGGGUGCACCUCAUCCGCACCGAGGCUCGCAUCGGCAUCGAGGACGAAGCUGACAUGACCGUCAUGAGCCCCAUGUCGGCCAGGGAGACGUGUGAAGGUUUUGGCACAGCCAAUCGGGAAAACAUUGUUUCAAGCUCCUCCGAGGCUGAGCCGCGACCCUCGAGCUCCAUGGUUCCAGACCGGAUACAUAGUUCACGCAGGCCCUCGCAAGCGCUCAACUACUCUGGCGGCGAGUACGGCUCCGUCUCCGACUUUGAGUUUUCCGACACCAAUCAGCCCUCGGUCACGUCGCUCCCCUCGAAACCCCCGCAGCCCAAGCGCAGCUUCAGCCAACAGAGCGCCGCCACGCCAGACGACGAGCGCGUCGUAUACCACGGCUGGCUGUACAUCCUCAAGUCCAAAGGCGGCGUGCGCCAGUGGAAGAAGAUCUGGGUGGUGCUGAGGCCAAAGGGCCUGGCCUUUUACAAGAAUGAAGAAGAAUACUCGGCUACGCACAUCAUCCCCUUCGCAAGCAUCAUCGACGCCGUAGACAUUGACCCCCUCUCGCGCAGCAAGCAGAACUGCAUGCAAGUGAUUUGUGAAGAGAAAAACUUCAAGUUCUGCGCCGCCGACGAUGACACGCUAGCAAGGUGGCUCGGCGCAUUCAAGAGUUUACUUAUCAAAAAGGACGCGCAGCAGAUGCGCUUACCCCCGCCGCCCUCCAACCCUGCAGCAGUCAUGCAGACGCCGUCGACCAUGCCCAUGCCCGUACCGACCGAGCAGGCUCUCGCUGCCAAGUGACUACCGCCCCUUAUCCAAAUCGACGCUCCUUCAGACCAGGCAAAAUGUACACAUGCGGACACUAUAUGCAUCCAAACACCAUCGCCGCCGCCGCCGCCGCCGCCUCUCUACAGCCAUUAAUUGCGACAGCACUUUCAUAGCGUCCCU